UUAAAAUUGAAAGAAAAUAUGAUUUAUCCAGCAUUUUAUAACAUAAAUGGAAAUGAAUUAAUGUUAGAAAUAAAACGUAACGAUCGUACAAGUGGAACAUGCCAAGAGAUUAUUAUAAAAUAUAAUAAAAAUGGUAUUUUUAAGAAAGCAAACACAAUAACAUGGGUUGCUGUGUUCUGUAUUUUAAUAUCGUUUUUAUUUAAGAUUAGUAAUCCAUUAGUGACUUAUGUCGUGUUGACCACAAUCAUAUUUAUUAAAUUAUUAAUGUGGUUUUAUGAUGUUAAAAGUGAAAAUUUGUUAAUAAUUGAAUCAGUGGGAAUGCAGAUUACAGAAGCGUAUCCAUUGGGCAGAACUAGUUCAAGAUUUAUUCCAUGGCAUGUUAUUAAAGAUGUUUUUAUUAAUGAAGUGAUACAAUUGCAACGAGUUAUAUUUAUUUUAUCAAUUUUAACUGAAAAUACAAGUUCAAAUAUAGGAAUCAUUCCUGUUUUUACAAAUACAAAACCACCUUUAGCAUGCUUAGAAAUAAUUUAUAAAAGUAUUCAAUCAACGUUAAAUCAUUUUAUUGUGAACGCGUCCAAAGACAAAUUGGAACUUAUCAAUCAAAGUUCCAAAACGUAAAUAAUUAAUAAUUAAAAUAAAAAUAAUGUUUAAGAGCUUA